AUGCUGCGUUCUGCAAGCUAUCCGGGCAUGUCGGAUGUGGACGAUGCUACUUCAUAUCAACAGAAAAAGGCCUCAGCAGGAGACGAGGUGCCUUCGAAGGAAGAUGAGCCCAAGUUACCCACUGUUUGCUGGUUUACUGCUCAGGGCUUUUGUCUAGCCAUGGACGGUGUUUUCCUUCAGAUCAAAGAUGGUUGGACGUUUCCAGUGCAACCGAAUCAUGUUGUUCCUUUGAUUGAAGCCGGUGUUAUCCCGCGAUAUAAAGACCGCGCCAAAACCGACGCUUUUGCCAAAGGUUUCAUCUUGCUGCAGAGCGAAGGCCAGCAAUCCAUUGGAGCCAAUGACCGUGGUUGGAACUCCGAAUACCAACGCGAGCGGAACACAUUGUUUGAGUUUUCUCUCUCUCCGCAUUUUGUGUGGUUGGGCCGAUUUACUCACACUUUUGGAAGUUCUAUCGUGUCUAUCGUGAAACAUGGGACAUGA